UCAGUUUCAGUUUUCAACUGACGACGUAAAGAGCAAAACAGAUAGAGCUCCGUGUAUUAAUUCCUAGAUAAAUGCAUUUAAAAUCAAUGCACAUAUAAACUGGUUCUAUACCUUGACUUGGUAUUAAAUAAAAGUGAAUGAAUAAAAAAAUAACAAUUCGCGUUAUUUGACAAAGAACGUAAAGCGCUUAUGUGAAUAGCCAGAGUUCAUUGCACGUUACAAAAGAACGUAUAGACGGCAAACAAGAAAAAACAAAGGCAAAGUGAAACGACCUCGCACAACGUACGCGCGCAAAAAGCAACAAUAAAAAGUAUAUAACAACAGCAACAUCAACCCCAACAACAACAACGCAAGCCCACACUCUUGGUGCAACCUACAUAAAUACACAUACAUACAAAGAACACCUUUCGAAUAACAACUACAACUAUGGAUGUUUGGGGCGUAUUUGUUGGCGACUCGACGCUGUCAUAUGGUGGCUCUAUGCGCAGCGGCUAUUACCGCGAUUAUGAGCAGUUUCCGUAUGGCACACUGGAGCACUCAAGCAGCGCAAGUCCGUAUCCAGCCAAGGAUUCUUACAGUCGAGUCCAAGAAAAAUGUAAGCAAUUGAAAUCGGAGAAGCAGCUGCGCAAGGAUUGUCCCUUCUGCAAGGAGCACAAGAAACGGCCGCUUAUCAAUUAUAUGCGCAAACGUGAGUCCCGCAAGCAUCACGAAAGUAUCUGCGAGGACGAGGAGGAGAUGCACGAGCAUGAGCUCGAGCACGAGCACGAGGUUCAGCAUCAGGUGCCUUCUCUGUCGACUGCUGUGCCCACGCAGCAGAGCUGCAAAGUGUAAACACAGCGCUCAAUUUAGCAGACCGUUUAAGGACAGGAGAGACAGACAGGUGGCAAAAACAAUGCCAAAAUUAACACUGCAACAACAACAAUAGCAGCAAUUCACAAUGCCAUAUAAAUUUAGUCAAAGACAAAAACAAAAACUAACAAAAAGAAAAUGAAACGAAAACAAAAAAUAGAAUGAGAAUUAGCACAACCGUUGUAAAGAUGCUGCGCGCCUGCUGGGCAGACAUUUUAAGUUAGUGGAAGCAAGACAAAGAAAGUAACUACAAUAAUCCAAUGCAACUGUACCUACAACAAAAUGUUUACGUGCAUUUCCGCCUAUGACGUCACACUACCAUUUACAAACAAACUAAACAAAAGAAAAAAGACAGCAAGAUCUUUUUUAUUUGCUGUUAACUUGAUACCAAUUUACAAGCCGUUUACUAUUUCUUUACAUUUUUUUUUACAACUACGCUACAGUUUUAUACAAGUAUAAAAACGUAGCGUAAUUUGUUAAUUGACAUACAACAUAAUCUAAACCAGCCGCACCGCUUGGCUUCUAAAAUGACCUUAGGCAAGAAACAGCAUUGAAAAAUUCAGAACAAGAUGAA